CAUCGACACAAUCGGAAAGUGUUCACACCUACUAUACUAUCAAAGAUUCUGACGCGCUUGAUCCGCGGGGUCGAAAUCCCAAUCCCCUGGCAGGUAGACUGCCGGGUCCAGUCAGCAGCUGCCAUGGUGGACCUGCGGGGAUGUUUACGGCCUGUGGUGAUGUGUUCGCCCGAGGAACUACCCUGCCUUCCACGCUACCUGCUUGGCAAAGUCCUGUGGUGUGUUCCCUGCCAAUACCAGAGCAGGGCAACGCAGACAGCUCACACUUUUGGACUCUACCAGGUGUAAACUUUGGGCAGCAGUUCCCCUUGUGUGUCUCGGCGGGACCUAUCUUGACCAUGCCCGGAGUACCAUUCCUAAGCACCGUACCACCAGUCGUCCUCGUACCGAGCUCGAGAAGUCCGUCAGCUUUAUCCAGAGUCCGGAAAUUCUGCAAGAAGCAAUCUUCUAAGAUCUGGACCAUAGUGGCCAUCUGUAUCGUCGUGUCCUUACUGAUAGUCCUGGCGUACCCGGACAACCAUGCCCAGAGGGCUCGACUCAUGCACGUACCCCAUGAGACGAACGUGAAAGUGGUGUCGGGGCACACGAGCAGCAAUCACGACCUAAGGACAACAUCCUCCCACCAUACCAGCUCCACGCUCUCAACUGUUACAACUAUGACCACUGGUGUGUCGUCCUUUGCACCCUCGUCCACUCGAGUUUCUGAAACUACGGGAGGUAAGACAGAUGCACGGCGGCGACCAGUACCCCCAAGUCCCGACAAAAACUUAGGCCUGCCUUCUAUCAAGUUGGCGGCGCCACAACGACAACGAAACUGGCGUUGGGCGAAGCAAAUCCCAAACCCUUAUCAAGUCGGAAAAGGCCAACCCUGACCUGCCAACGGACAGCAACAGCAUAUCCUGAAAUGGCUACAAUCCUUAUGUAUAUGUGCUAUCAAUAAGAUCUUGAGAUAUUAUCAUUUCUUGGCGUGAAACCUCAAGCAACAGGCGCGACCUC